GCCAUUCCGUCUCGAUUAGGCCGCCGCCCCUAGGUUUUAUACACAAUCCCAUUAUAUUUCUCGAGGGACUAUUGUCAUGUAUAUGUGCUGGCAGUCUGUGGGUUCGAUAAACAUCUCUGCGUGGUUCAUGGGCGCCGAGCUGCUCAGAGCUCUUUAUCCGAAUCUCACGAUUAUUGACGGUCCGACGGCAUCACGAAUCUAAGCGAAUAGCAUAGGCGAAGAUGGAACAGAACACUCAAGGCGCCGAACUCCUGAUCGAUUUCUCCUCAAAUCUACCCGAGAUGCUUGCUGUGGAUUUGGAACAGUCAAGCGAGAUAUUUCAGUCCAGACAGCUCACUGCUGGUGCUCCCGCGCCCUGGCUAGCCGAUGAUGGGGCGAGGAGGCAGUAUUCGCCCGAGAAUGACGCGAGCUAUGUCAGCUCUGAGUCUCCAUCUCAAUCCGGAGAUACCUUGCCAAACUCCAAACAACAGCAACCAGCCCACCAGAAGUACUUUGAUAUCUUUGCGCCGUUAGAUUUCAAUGCUCCUAAGCAUGAUAGCAUUUCCAGUAGUCACUCCUCACAAAAGUCAGAACCUCCUCCACUCAGUACGCGAGAAGAAUCAGUGCUUACUGUCGACACCUUAUUCGAACCCGAGAAGAACCCGUCACCUACCUUUCUCCAUCUUUCGCCAACAUCAGAUUGCAAUGCCCAAAUGAGCUGGAUAGAUCUUGAUAUCGAAGAUACUUCCCCAAUUACACAACGAAGAAGAAGCAGCAUGUCAGAUUUCCCGAAAUAUUUGCACCAGCUGAGGGGUUCAAUGGAGGCCAGCGUAAAGACGAUAAGGCCCCGAAGAAGCAUUGAUGCUACUGAGAUAUCGGUACAUCCAGUUAAUGGUAAUCCGCUCAACUACCCAAUACAGAUCCCAAGACGACGCUCGUCCCUACAAUAUCAGGAGACACAAGCAGUCGCACCGCAGUCCAGCCAGCAUCUUGGUCGGGGGAGAUAUAAUCGUGAUGCGUCUUACUUUGCCUCACAUGGGCUCUUCAAUAACGAAUCGCCCUUCGCCCAUGGAAAGGAAGCGAACACCACAUCCCGCCAGUACGAAGAUGAUUGCGAUCCGGUAUCCCCAACAUUCAAAAAAGACAUGCCUGAUAUACCAAGUACGGAUGAAAAUGAUAGAGACAGAAUCAUUGCAUCUGCCGCAGUUGGUUUCAAUGAAUGGCUCGACUCUGAUAUAGCUCACUUCGCCAGCGAAGAUCAAUUUCUACCACGCCCACUACCACAUAAUGUGCAAGAGACAAUCAAAUUCUUUGUAACAAAAUUUCCAGAACCAGUGCUUCUUUGCGAUAGUUUGCUGAUUGAAAACAUCCGCACUCUUACUCAACAAGUACGAUAUAACACCAAUGAACCAAAAAUUGAGCAUACUAUGAACUCAGGACAGCAAUCCAACAAUCAGCAACCAUCCAAGAGGUGGAAAUGGUUGCACUCUUCGGCGAACGCGACGGAACAACAAGAUCGGCCAAGUACAUUUGUCGAUGUAAACAAACGUGGAUGGGACGUGAUGAAGAAGAUUUUCCCCAGUGGAAGCGAUGGUUUAUGCGAGGCUCUAUAUGCUUACGUGCUGGUGUAUAAUUAUAUCACAUUACUUUGCUCGCGCUCCCCGUUGCAUGCAGUGGAUUCAUCCCGACCAACAACACCCUGGACAGGAGCAAGGCCCGAAACAGCAAAAUCUAGUACUUCUUGCGAAUUUAAGAUGUACAUGUCGACUCCACCCCAGCCCUCGGUGACCGAGAACGGAAUUCCACGGAAAGCGGCUUGUAUACUAGGCAUGAAGGGAGAAGACGUCUUUGGACCCUCAAUAAGUCCUACGCAACGGCCGCCAUCCGGGGGUAGCGAAAGUCGUACAUCUACUUUUACUAGCCUAAGGGGCAUACCAUCCCUAUUGUUCAACGGAACAGGUCCGGCGCACCAACGACAGAGUGAAAGCAGAGGCGCCACUCCCACAGGUCAACGAAGUAACUUCAGUAGACCUGCGACACCUUCAGUAGGGCUAAUGGGUAUGCGAUCCACAACAUCAAUGGGGUCACAUACGACAGACCAAGGCAAGCAGCUGGCCGAGCUUCGGCACGGGGUUGCCAUGUGCUGUGCUAGGCUCACUAUUACACUCCAUCGUGCAGAUCUAACUAUCACAAAUCGUAAGACCGACAAGGACUGUAAAGUAGACCCAUCAUUUAUGCGAUCGUUGUGUGAAAACGUGCGAAUUACCGAGGAAGCGAUGGCACGCUCACGCUCAGGAUGAUUGGGUCUUUCUUGUCUUAGCUGCGAUACACGCUGACGAGCAAGGAUUAUUAUGAAGACACCAACGCACGAGACAUGGAAUUGUAUUGCACCCAGUAAAGACCAAGAUGGACAAGUAUCAACAGCUCAAAGACCGCCGCGACGUUCAGAUAGUGACAGUUCUCGACGGCGUCAUGACAGUCAACGAUCUGUUUAUUACUUGCCACUUCACUUCGAUGAGCCAGAGUUCUUUCAUAUCUAUUUAAUGAUGUCUACAUACUGGUCUUCGGUAUCC